AUGGAUUCCUACCCUUCAUUGCCAAAUAUAACCCACCAACAACAACAAGCUGGAUAUAAUAAUAACUCGCUCGGUCUCCCUACAAAUCCUGCAUUAUUACAACAAUCUCAAUCGCAGCAAUAUGCAACCAAUUUUUCCCCUCAACAUCCUGCCAACCAACGCGCGAUGAAUGCAGGAAUCGUGCAACAAUCACAACAACAAGCCAACUAUGGGACUACAAGCAAUCAAACCAUGCAGCAACUUAGAGGUUUAGGUGGUGAAAGUGCUUCAACUCUCUCCAAUCCGUACGUUUUUCAAAAUCACCAGUCGUUACCCGUAACAUCCUCGACUCCAAUACCAUCCAUGUCAGCCAUUAACAACUCUGUUUACGGUAAUCAAGGUAAUAUCAAUGGCAUGGGAAUGGAGGUGUUCCGACCUGGUUUUAAUCGAUCUUUAGGACAAAUGGUUGCCACUCCUAGGCAAAAUUUAUUACAACAGCAGCAGCAACAACAAUCCUUCCCAACUUCUUCAGAUAAUAUGGAUCCUUUAUUACA